GCUCUCACGCUGUGCCUCCCCUGCGUGUGCGUGACGGCUGCGGCUGCCACAGGCCACGGGGCACCCGGGCAGGAGGCGGAGUCCGAGAAACAUGUGUUGGCGCCCGCCGUGGGGCAGAGAAGCCACGCCGGUGUUUCUGCCUCGAGAGCAGCGGAAGCGGCGGGAGGCGCUGGUCCGGAGGCGAUUGAGGCUGAUGUGAAGGCAUUGGAGAGGGCGGCAGCGCAAGCUGAGAAGGACAUUGAAGAAGCUACUGCUGCGUUGAAGGAAGCUGAUGAAUAUGAGAAGAGCGCUAUGUCGGAGUUGAGUGUGGCUGAUGCAGAAGUGCAGAAAGCUUUGGAGAAGGUGAGCUCAGCGAAGAGUUUAUUGAAAAGUGCCACCACAUCCAAAAAAGAGGCUGAUGCUGUAGUGAUUAAAGCGAAUGAAAUAAGUAGUGCGGCUGAAAGAGGUGAGCAGGCACUGUGGAGAACGGUAAUAGGAAAACUGGAACGAUUUGAUGAAUCCCAGAGGGAGGCAGCGAAGAAACUGACAGAUGCUGGAGGCACGGAUCCGGAUGCCCAAAAACGAAAGGACGAGGCUGUCAAGCAAAGAACUGCUGCUAAGGAAGCGCUGACAAAUGCUGAAAAUUUGACCACAUACACUCAAACUGUUCUGCAGAAGGCUCAAGAGAAGCAGAGUGAUGCUCAGAUCGCGCUGUCAAAAGCUGAGAAGCAGGAUAAAGAGGCUGAAACUGCGCUGCAGGAGGCUCGAGAGAAGAAGAGCCGUGCUGAAGAUGCAGUAAAGAAAGCUGAAGAAAAGAGGAAAAAUGCAGAGGUUCAACUCAAGGAGGCUGAACAGCGGACAGCUGAGAAGUUGGCACUGCUGGAAACAGCGCGAAAUAAAAAAGCUGCAGAGAGUAAAUUGCAGAAAGAUCUUCAUAACACGUUGCAACAACACCAGGAAGAAGAAAAGAAAGGGCCCAGCAGUCUUGAAGAAUCACCGAUAAACUCCGAGAAUUCUCUGGGCGAUUCUGAAGAACAUGUGUCUCCGUCAGAGAAGGCAACCACCGUGGCGCCGACAGAAGUGAAGACAGGCGUGAGUGUGAAAGCCACGAUGAUGGGCGGACUGAAUGGCGAUGGG